AUGGCGGAUCGGGUUAAAGGUCCGUGGAGUCAAGAGGAAGAUGAACAGUUACGGAGGAUGGUGGAGAAAUACGGACCGAGGAAUUGGUCGGCGAUUAGCAAAUCGAUCCCAGGUCGAUCUGGGAAAUCGUGUCGGUUACGGUGGUGUAAUCAGUUAUCUCCGGAGGUCGAGCACCGGCCGUUUUCUCCUGAGGAAGACGAGACGAUCAUCUCUGCUCGUGCUAAGUUCGGUAACAAAUGGGCGACGAUCGCUCGUCUUCUCAACGGUCGUACGGAUAAUGCCGUGAAAAACCACUGGAACUCGACGCUUAAACGGAAAUGCAGCGGAGGUGGAGGUGAAGAUGGUAGUUUCGUUCCGGCCACGGAGGAAGAUCAAGAUCGGCCGAAGAAAAGGCGAUCUGUGAGCUUAGAUUCGAACGGUGGUGUUUCUGCUCCGGUGGAUACUGGAUUGUACAUGAACCCGGAGAGUCCCACCGGAAUCGAUGUCAGUGACUCAAGCAUGAUUCCAUCUCCGCCGUCUCCGCCUGUAGCUGUUCAGCUUUUCAAGCCAAUGCCGUUUUCCGGCGGUUUCGCGUUACCGGCUCCGAUUGAAAUAUCUUCGUCGUCGGAAGAUCCGGAGACGUCGUUGAGCUUGUCGCUUCCCGGAGCUGAGGUCAAUUAUGAGUCAAAGAACACGAGUUCGAGCCACCACAACAAUAUCGCGUUGAUGUUUCCGCGAUUUGAGAGUCAAAUGAAAAUCAAUGUAAAGGAGAGAGGAGGAGAAGAAGCAAUCGUCGGACGUAGAGCUGAGUUUAUGACGGUUGUGCAGGAGAUGAUAAAGGCGGAGGUUAGGAAUUACAUGGCGGAGAUGGAGAAAAACACCGGCGGUGGUGGAUUUGUCGUCGGAGGUUUGUAUGAAUCCGGUAACGGAGGUUUCAGGGAUAGUGGAAUAACACCAAAAGUUGAGUAG